AUGAAAAGAAGCAGCACAGAAAUAAAAAGAUUUGCAAGAACAGACAAAGGAUUUUCAGAGCUUUCCCAACUGAAGAAGAAAAACCUUAGCGCUCUCGUGAGCAAAGGCAAAGUCUGCAAAGAUGGGUUCUUCUCAUUCUCGUAUAUAUCAUAUGAGGUGCAGCUGAACCCUAUUGGUUGGUGUGUGAGAAGAAAAGAGUCAGACUUCAUUUUUCUGAGAGAUUACUUGAGGAAGAAAUACCCUCAACAUUUCGUCCCUCCACUAGUUCUGACUAAUGAUAAAAGUUCAGAAUCUUCUCUGAGAAAAAAAGAAAAGUAUUUCUCUAGGUUCUUAAUAAACGUCUUACGUAACCCCGAUCUUAGAGGCUCUUACUUCCUUCAAGAAUUCCUUAAUACUGAGAACCAAGAAGCCUUUGAGAGGUUGAUGGAGCAACGUAAAUAAAGAAAAGAUGCCUGAAACUUUGGAUAAGUACACUACUCUUCAUGGAAAAGCUAAUAUUAAAUCAAAGACAAAAACUUGGCAGUUCUGCUCCCAGAUUCCCUCUUUUUCUAAGAACUAUGAAAGAUUGAACCACAAGAUAGCCUCAACCAGCAAGGUCCUGGUUGAUCAAUUCAAAGCUUUGACUGUUACUAUGGAUGAAUUAUCAUCCUAUUUUGAUGAACUAGGUGAUUUGUAUAAAGACACUGAUCAAGACAUGCAAGACAUGCUAGACAUAAACAAGUCAAUUUCCGCCUUGCUCUCCUCCUGGAGUGACUCCUACCACGGCCAAAGUAACAUCCUCAAAAAUUGGUUCCCAAGAUUCUUCAAGUAUAACAUGAACGAGCACAUCUCAAUGAUUGAAAUAUACAAUCACCGAAAUAUGACUAAGACCCAGUUCGCCAAGAUGCAGACCAACCUAGAAGCCACUAAAAACUCACUGUAUGCAGAAAGAGAUUUCGACAAGUGGGGACUCAGCCCUGAAGAUACUGAAAAUAUAGACGAGAUUGAUAAAGAUGAGUACCUUGCAAAGUCCAAGAUGUUACCCGAAGAAACCACACAGCUUAAUAGCAAGAAACUCCUGCUGAAUUAUCUUAAUAAUACCUUGGAAACGGAGAUUAGGAGAGUACUGAAGUAUAAUUUUAAGGACCUUAAAGGCCACUUUUUGAGAAUUGCAGACCAGAUGUGCCAAAUUCUUACCAACACUCAGAUAGUUUGGGGAGAUUUCAUUGCCCAUUACGUAGAAGAGAAGGAAGCUAGUUCGGAUGAGGAGUACAUCUCCUGCUUCAACCCCAUUAAGAGACAGAAGACAUUUUCAACAUAA